AACAGAAACUUCCCCAAAAAUCUCUAUAAAAACCUUAAAGCCGCCAUUCUCUCUCUACAAUUUUCAUCAACUCACUACCACUUUCUCUCUCUAGAAAAAAAUGGGUUUCCCAGUCGGGUACACCGAAGUCUUCUUACCCAAAUUGUUCGUUCACACACUUUCCUUUCUAGGGUUUAUCAGGAAUUUAAUUCUCUCCCUUUUUACCUUUCUGGGCCUCUCAGAUUUUCUAGAUACGGACGUUUCUUGGCCCGAUAACCACACCCGAAUCCACACUCGCCCGCCCGUUUCCGCUACCCUAAUCCGCGAAAUCUUACCCGUUAUCAAGUUCGAGGAUUUACCCGCCUGCUCCGACGACGGAGAAUUGCCGGAGAGCUGUGCUGUAUGUUUGUACGAUUUUGAAGGUGGAGCUGAGAUCAGGUGGUUGAAGAAUUGUAAGCACAUUUUUCAUAGAGCGUGUUUGGACCGUUGGAUGGAUCAGGAUAGGAACACGUGUCCGCUUUGUAGGACGUCUUUUAUUCCUGAUGAAAUGCAGGAGGAGUUUAAUCAACGGUUAUUGGCUGUUGCAGAAGCUGCCAGUGACCCUGAUGAUGGUGAGUUUUUUUACAGCGAGUACAGUUCAGUGCCUGUUUUGUAAAGUUAUAUGACAGGCCGUCGGUGCUGUUUUUUUGUAAUGGACAAAAAUGUAAAUAUACAAUUUAGUUUUGGUAAUUUUAUAAGCCAAAUAAAAGAAGAGAAAAAAUAAUAAGAAAAUGUUUAUGGUAA